AAACAAUUGCUUUGUGGUUUAGUCGUUUGGCGUGACGAAUAAUCUGUGAGAAAGUAAUCUUUGUCAUAGAGGAUGGAAUGAGUGGUUGAUAGUGAUUUAGUCUGUGGAGACCGCAGUUGCCAUUUUGUGACAAAGUGAAGUGCUUCCUUAUUUGAAUCGGUAGUUAUUAUGAAGUCUGUGCUUAUUAAAACAAUCCUAAUAAGUUUGAGGACAGUGGACACACAUUUUGCAGAUUCUUGUGGAAUGAGUGAUAAGAGGUACAAGGAAUACACGACAGGCUAACCAAUCUCUUUGGAUUUCGUCAGCCGAUAUAAGAGGGUCCCAAUGAAACAGCCGCCCCCAAGGGACCCGCGGCCCUGACGCCGGGCGUCUCGCGAUGGACGGUGAGAACCGGAUCAUCCUGAACGUGGGCGGGAUCCGCUACGAGACGUACAAGGCGACGCUCAAGAAGAUCCCAGCCACGCGUCUGUCGCGGCUGACAGAGGCUCUCGCCAAUUACGACCCAAUCCUCAACGAGUAUUUCUUCGAUCGCCACCCCGGCGUCUUCGCCCAAGUCCUCAACUACUACCGUACCGGGAAACUCCAUUACCCGACAAACGUUUGCGGGCCGCUGUUUGAGGAGGAGCUGGAAUUCUGGGGCCUCGACUCAAACCAAGUAGAGCCAUGUUGCUGGAGUACAUACAGCAUUCACAGGGACACGCAGGCCACACUGGCGAUCCUGGAUAAACUGGACAUUGACGCCGAUAAGCCGAGCGACGAGGAGAUUGCCAGGAUUUUCGGCUAUGAAGACGACUACCUUGCCGGCACCCUAUCCCGCUGGCAGCGGCUCAAACCCCGUGUAUGGUCCCUCUUUGACGAGCCAUAUUCGUCGACCGGCGCGAAGGUGGUGGCAGUAGUGUCCGUGUUCUUCAUCUGCGUGUCGGUGCUGUCCUUCUGCCUGAAGACGCACCCCAACAUGCGAGUUCCGGUAAUCAGGAACGUGACGGUAAACGCGAGCCAUGACGCCCGAGGCCGUCAGUUCGCCUGGACUCUCGACAAGGAGCGGACGGAUCCCCACGAGGCGUUCUUCUACCUGGAGCUCGUCUGCAAUGCGUGGUUCACAUUCGAGCUGGCGGUGAGAUCAGUGGUCAGCCCGAAUUUGCUGCAGUUCGUCAAGUCCCCAGUGAACGUGAUAGACUUCGUGGCUACUCUCAGCUUCUACACGGACAUCCUCCUGCAGAGCAGCGUGGCGCACCGCAUAGACAAGGCGGACAUCCUCGAGUUCUUCUCCAUAAUCCGCAUCUUGAGGCUGUUCAAACUGACCCGCCAUUCGCCAGGCCUCAAGAUCCUCAUUCACACGUUCAAGGCGUCGGCCAAGGAGCUCACCCUCCUCGUAUUCUUCCUGGUCCUUGGCAUCGUCGUGUUUGCCAGCCUCGUGUACUACGCAGAGCGACUCCAGCCGAAUCCGCACAACGACUUCAAGAGCAUUCCUGAGGGCCUGUGGUGGGCCAUUGUGACUAUGACCACAGUGGGCUACGGGGACAUGGUGCCCAAAACGUACCUCGGCAUGUUCGUGGGAGCGCUCUGCGCCCUGGCAGGCGUUCUCACCAUAGCACUUCCGGUUCCUGUCAUCGUCUCCAACUUCUCUAUGUUUUACUCUCAUACGCAGGCUCGUUCGAAGCUGCCUAAGAAAAGGAGAAGAGUACUUCCGGUGGAACAGCCACGCCGGAAGCGAGGUGAAGGCGUCAUGACUCGGCGCACGAACGCCAUUAAACAUCACCAUCCCGCCAUCUUCAAGGACGCCUUUGGAGGUGCCAAGAUUGGAAACGUGAAUGGAGUGAACGUGAUAGGUCUUGCAUUACAGGGCCCCUCCAUCCCAGGACUGCAGCUGGUGCAGAACACGGCUGGUCGCCCCACGUCGGCCCUGGACAUGGGCUACACCUACCAGCACCCGCUGCAGGCGAGGGGCCCGACGAGAGAAUAUGCAACAAACAAAGUACAUGAUGUUGAGACCAGUCUGCCACUCCUUGUGGGGGCACGGGCACUCAUGGGCCCCCACGCGGGCCCCCAGGCUGCUGCGGUAGCAGCAGCAGUGACAUCUCUACCGCCGCUGCAGCCCCGAGCAGCCACUACGGGGGGCACUGACCUCCUGUUCCCUCAACAGCCGAGGGUGUUUCCAGCUAUUCUGCCGGCGGCUUUCAUGGAACAUCAGGAACCAGUCCCGGAGCCUUCAGGCACACAAGUUCUCAAGUGUGAAAUAAGUGACAAGAUUGUGACUACUGUAGCAACCCAGGAGAGGUUUUGAGGACCGGGAAAGGUCGGAGAAUCUUAAUACUGACAUAUUCUGUAGGUUACAAAUCUUCUAAUGGCACUCCUGUCGCGUGAAUAACGUAUUCUAGAAAUCCCUUUGGAAACCUCCGUUGAAUCUGACUGUAUUUUACAUCUCUGUUUAGUCACGUUUGAAUUCGCAUUGGUUCUGGGGUGUCGUGACAUUAUUUGCGCUAUAUUUUAUGUAUAUUUCCGCAAGGGCAUAAAUUUCAUAAGAGGUAUGUCUGGCGAUCUAGAUUUUGACUUAUGGGUCACCCGGCACUGGGUCUAGAUGUGCAGCCCAUCAGUAAGUACCUCUGCCCUGCGUACAUUGUGGAGAUACCCGCCUCUCAGUCAUCGUGAUACGAGAGGGAUCUCAACAUCUCACGAAAGUCAUCAAAUAUUAUGUGGACACCAGGAAUGUCUUUAAAGUAGAAGGGGAAAUUUUCUGCAGUAACUGUUGGCAGUUUACCAAAUUGUGGUAAUACUUUUUAAUUUGUGAAGAAAUUUAAAUUAAAUCAAAAUAUAGUAUUUGUUUCUGUACAAUAAAGGGGUCCUAAUUAAAGGUGUCUUUAAGGAUAUUACAGCCAAUCAGGACAUUCUGUAAUGUAAGACCAAUGAAACUUACUCUCAUACAUUCAGAAAAUUUCUUGUGGAUUGACUUUUUGGUAAUAAAUAAUUACUGUAUUUAAUUUUUACGAUCACUAUGCCUCGUGAACAACAAAGCUAUAAGGGAAGGCUAUAAUAAUUUCACCAGCCACUAAGGAAGCGUGGAUAUCAAAGGGGUUUUCUUGUUUUGUUGCGUCGAUCAUGGAUUUCCUGAAUUCUCUUUCCGUGGAUUUAUGAUAUUCCUGCGUGGAUCGUAAAUUAUUUAAAGUUUCAGUUCAACAACUGUUGAAAUUAAAUCAACUCCUGAAAUGUGUGUCAAUUCCAAAAAAAAAAUAUUUAAACUUGCACUCGUCUUUGGCGGCUAAAUAGAAGAUCUGUUUAUUGAUCUGCAGUUUUAAACAUUCUCUCAUAGAUCCUCGUUACGUGAGUGAUGUUCAUUUGUCUAGAUCUUGUGGUGGAUACCGUCCACAGCCAAAUAAAGUAAAAGUUGUUGAGUAUUUAAAUAAUGACUUCACAAGAAUUUUGUUUAUUCGUCGAAAUAAGACAAAGUGUAGCCAAAAAGACUUGUGUUUGAUGUACACGUGACAACGCCUCACAGUGAUAUUUGGAGAAACAGAACUUUUGACAAUAUGCCUAUGUUCUCCAGCAUGAGUGUUUAUUCGGCUCAUGAUCUUGUACAGCGUCUGAUAUUCGGAGUAGCUUUAGUGCUUCUGUAUCGCAAGGAAAUUGGCUCAAGAUGAUGGCAGUUUUAGAACGGGUGCGUGGCUGUUCAGCUCGGAGUUAAGAUAGUGUGUUUAUUUUACACCCAAUACCUUUAACUUAAGACGCAAAUAAUAUUUAUUGUUGUUAAUAAUCACUGUUACAAAGAAAAUUGCUCAAUGACAUGUGUACUUAAACAUGGGAAUGACGAACGUCGUUGGAACCAGUAUUAUUUCAAAUUGUCAAAUAACAAAAAAUUGUACGUGAAAAUGUUUUUCGAAAUAUUUACAUUUCUAAUUCAAAUCACGUUAAAAUUAAUGAGAAAAUUGCACAUUUGAUAAAAUUACUAUAAUUUUAAUAUUUUUUUUACAGUUCAAAUCUACAUUGAAAAUGCUCUAGACUUUCAGUACAUAUAAGAGAUGGUAAUUACAGUUUUAAUGCUUUAGUUUUCAUGAUUUUGUUUGAAAUUAUUAAUUUGUGUUUAAAAUUACACACCCAAAUGUUGUAGAUUCCUAUUACGAAGGUAACUGUGGAGAUACGAGAUGCUCGUCUCACACUUGAGUCCUGAAGUUUUUAUGUCGCAUUUAUCGCAGAAUGUGCCUUCCCUCAAUACAUAAAUAAAUACGAGCUAGUUUCAUUUAUAGUGGUUUAACUUUUAAUAAUAUUAUCAAGGAAAAAAAUUAUAAUAAAUUAAAGACAUACUUUAAUGGUUUUGAUAAUGUCGAAUAACAUUCAAAAUGCAUUAGACAGUAUUAUCAUUUCAUUAUUAUUUUUUUAAUAAAGUUUCAUAUGCUGAACUUCAUUAUCUGUAGGCCUAAUACAUUCUUAGUCUUACAAGUUCUCACUGAAAUUGUUCUGGAUGAAGUUUAAAAUUUAUUUACGUAUCUGUGACCCAAUUUUUUUAAGAUGAACGCUUACACUGGUAAUUUUACAACGUUAAAAUAUACAGACUGAGUUCUUAAUGUUAAAGGUAUUAGGUCUAUAUUAAGCUGGUUUUAAAACAUGUACACAGUAAUCUACGUGUUCAACCAUAUUUUUAAAUUACGUAUCUUCAUCUCACUUCCAUGUAAAAUCGAUUAGUGAAACAAAAUCUCAAUGAAGUGCAAAGGAAGCUUUUAAACAAAUAUCAAACAUUAUAUUCUAAAAUAUAAAGAUGUGUAAAUGUUGUGGAAGCCGCUUCUCAGGCAGUUCUGGGGGCCACAAAAUCUUGGAUAAUGUCAAGCAAUUUGGAAAUGAUUUUCGUGGCGAGAUAUUCUAUGGAUUAAUUUUAUUAUCUUACUGUGAAGUGGAAAGAAGAAACAGUUUACAUUAAUGUAAAAUCCAUUACACAAAAAAAAAAUCACAAAGUUCGGUAUUUGUGAAACAUGUAAAAGUUUCUGGGUAAGUCAUAGUGAUGGCAUGAGAUUGCGCAAUGGUUGCAGGUUUAUGUGCUUAUUGUGUACAAAGAUUUGAGAUACAUUUCUACAGAAUUUUAUAAAGUUCAGUAUUUAAACUGUUUCGUGUAUUCAUUUGUUAUGGUGACAUAGAUUUCUUAACAAAAUUAGAAUAUAUUUUAUGUGAUGUAACAUUAA